AUGGACGACGUUUGUGUUAUCUUGCUUUCGCUCGACGCAGAUACUGCGAUAACCGAAGUAUCAUGCAUUGCUGUAGUCAAUGCAGACUCGCUCUGUUACCAAGCUCAAAAACGCGUGCAAGCUGCUUUCGACACGAAAGGCGCUUCAUUCGUCUUCUUUAUGCUAAAUGAGCCUAUUGGCGUCGAUGAAGAACCUGCGAUGGCCGCACGAUUAGGACAUUUCAGUUACGAAUGGAUCAGGUGGACCAAAGGGACGUUGCGAGAGUCAUUGAAGACUAAUCCAAACCCCGGAGUGAUUCAAGUUGUUGCGAUGAGAUUUUCAGAAUUUAAAAUGCUCCCUCCACCAGAAUUCCUUCCAGAGCUCCCCGGCGGUAAAUUUUUUCAAGAGCGACCGCCUAAAGUGCCUUCAAAAGGAGCCGAACCCAAGGAAUUUGCUCAAAGUCAAGAAAUUGAGAGAACACAAAUUCAUAUAGACCGUCCUCGGAAGCCUUAUAAUACCUCGGUUCCAAUUGCUCUUCUCGUGCCAUCCUUUGGAAACUUCCAGACAAACGUCAAAAACGUCUCACCCUCCGACCGCGCCAUGCUUUAUGCAAUGAAGAUGAGACAUGAACUCUGUGACAUAUUUCACGAAGAGAUAGAUAGGGAGCGGAAAUUUUGCUCGAUGCUGGGUGAAUUUCUCGGGGAAGAUGUCUCGAAUGUUACGGUUGGCGAUUUCAAGACUGAUGGUGAGAUCAUCCAUAAAUAUACAGCGGUCAACAUGAACGGUGCCCCACGGCUCUUCAUCAAAGUCAAACUAGAACAAACCGGCACCAGCGAUCCUUGUUUUCAAGUUUCGUUGGACUAUCUCGAGAAUACGCGCCGAGUUCGCCAGAAUGUUGUCAAUAGGAACGAAAAAGCGGCGGCUUGGUUCAGGGCAAGGCUCCCAUCGAUUCUAAUAACACAUGCUGGCCCUGCUAUCCAAAUCCUUGGCGGUGUUAUGACUGACCGACCCCAGAUUGAAGUUCUCACUGCAUCUGUGCCCAUGUAUUUUCAUGUUUCGAAUCAAGACCUGUCUCUCGAUCUCGCACACACCCUGACAGCUCUUAAUAUCCUUUUUGCUGACUUCGGCAAACUAUACGACAACCCUCCUCCGCUCAACCCACUCCUUCCUGUUCAACAUGAAUAUCCUUACCCACGUAGAUUCAAAUGUGGUAAUCAGGUCAUUACUUUCACUUACUUGAAGCGUGUCGACCCUAUUCGGCUUGUCUUUGAAGUUGAGACUGAGGAAAAGAAGCUUCUAUAUAUCAAGUACACUCAACAGUACGGCGCUGAAGCCCAUCGGAAGGCGCAUGAGUUUGGGAUUGCACCGGAACUUCUAGCGUAUGAUGACACGCUGCCUGGAGGAUGGAAGAUGGUGGUCAUGAACCCGAUUCCAAAAGGUUACAUGGAAACAGAUAGUAUUGAAGGGAGAGAAGAACAAGGGAAGGUUCAAGCUGUGGUCAUUGCAAAAAUGAGACCUUACUUUGACGAAGGAUUCGUUCACGGCGACCUUCGUGCUGCUAAUAUCUUCGUUGAUGGUGAAAGGCAGAACAUUAUGGUGAUUGACUAUGACUGGGCUGGGCGCAACAAGGAGGUGACUUAUCCUCCAGAUGUCCGCUCCUCCAUCGACAUUUGGCGCCCGCGCGCAGAGUUAAGCCUUCGUCCUAUUGAGACAGAACACGAUUGCCAGAUGCUGAAGCAUCUUUACUACUAG